CGUAUCGAAUAUUUGGCAACGAUGCUCUAUCUAAGAAACAAGAAACGAAUGUUCAGAGCGCUCCCCCCCCUUUAAAAAAAUAUUUACCGGUUGUUUACUUGCCCGGCGCAUCUUCACUUGUCCUCUCUCCUCUUUUCUAUCACGCUUCAAUACAAUGCCCGACCCAACCUCACCGGACAGAGUGCAACUCAUCCAGAAUGCCAUCCUCUUCCUCAACGACCCCAAAACCCAAAACUCGUCGCUUACUUCGCGUGUCCAGUUCCUCGAGUCCAAAGGGCUUACAGAGAAGGAAAUUGAGCAGGCUAUACGGGAAGCGGGCAGUGGGUAUGGGUCUUCCGCUGGCUCUGGGAAGCAAGGUGCGGUGGGGGAAGGGGAAGCGGAAGGGGAAAGGACAGGACCGUCUUCCGUGUACGAACGACCACCCGAAAGACCGCGUGUACCUGCUCCGAACUAUGGGUACGGCUACACUUAUGCCCCGCCCGAGCCGCCAAAGAGGGAUUGGAGAGAUUUAUUCAUUAUGGCGAUGGUCUCGGGUGGUGUGGUAUAUGGUCUCACAGCUCUUGCCCGCAAAUACCUUCUCCCGCACUUGCGACCCCCGUCUACUACUGCAUUCCAAUCCACCUCUUCCGAACUCACGUCCAAAUAUGACGAAGCCACGCGUCUACUGAACGAGUUGACGGAGGAAACGACCAAGGUCCAGGUGAGUAUCGAAGAAGAUCGGGAGAAAGUGAAUCAGGUGGUGGAAGAGGUGGAAGGCGCGGUAAAGGGGUUAAAGGCGGGGGAAGAGAGGUGGAGGGAUGAGAUGAGGGAUAUGAGGGGAGAGGUGGAGAGUUUGAAAGAGUUGGUUCCUAGGAUGAUUGAGAAGCACAUGCAAUCACAAUCUUCUGCUCUCGCAGACCUCCAAUCUGAAAUCCGGUCACUCAAAACGCUUCUUGCUUCUCGAUCCCAACUCCCUCCUACCGGUUCUGCCGCUGGCUCUGGCUCGGGAAGUAGAAGCGACGUUGGUAGCCCGGCACCGACACCAACUGCAGCUGCUGCGAACGCCCUUCUAGGCCCGAGGGCGGGUGGGAAAGCUGGGAUACCCGCUUGGCAGAUGGCACCUCCUGCGCCUCCUCCUACCAAUACGGCCCAUACUUCAAGUGAUAGUACUAGCACGAGCGGGAGCGGAAGCGGGGAGGAUACCUCGGAAACGGGCAAAGGGAACGAUAAGGAAGUGUAAGUGGAAGAAGGGUAAAGGGGAGUAAGUGGAAGAAGGGUAAGGGGGAGUAAGUGGAAAGUUGUACUUGUACAUCUAGUGGUGGUAAUAGUACAUCAUGCCAUAAGCUACCAAUGUUAUACAUUAUACAGGCG